AUGCACCCGUAUGAUAAAAAGAGGGCGUACAUUAUCACGAAUACGAAGACACAUUACAAGACUGAUGAUCGGGGGAAGACGUGGGAGGAAUUCUCAGCGGAUAAUCUGGCUACGUUGUUCCGGGAGCCGCUCACUUUUCAUGGUGGGGACCCAGAUAGGAUUAUUUUUAAUGCUAUGGAUUGCUCAGGCAUAUUCUGCGAGGAAUUGACGAUGUAUACUACGGAUGGCUUCUCGAAGAAGGCCAAGCUUUUGAGGCUGGACACUUCCGGCUGCCAUUGGGCUGUGUCGACAGAGCUGUUUGAUACGGGGAACCGCGAUCUUAAUGCGGAUAGGAUUCUGUGUGUGGUGAAGGGCCGGUUUUCUCCCUGGAGGAAGGACUAUCGACUUCUCAUCUCAGACGAAUUCUUCCAGAACGAUCAGGAAUUCGAACCCGAACUCGAGCCUGGAAGGACAGUGAAGGGAAUUGUGAACAUGGCUGUGGUCACGAAAUACUUGAUUGUCGCGACAUCUGCAGAAGGUACUGAUGAGAUGGCCCUAUACGUCUCGGACGAUACACUUAAGUGGCACAGAGCUGUUUUCCCGCAUGACCAUAAGUUGGUUGAGGAGGCAUAUACGGUGCUUGAGGGAACGAAUUAUAGCAUCCAAGUUGAUGUUAUGACCUCCAGACCAAACCAGCCCAUGGGAGUCUACUUCAGCAGUAACUCCAAUGGAACAUACUUCACUAGGAAAAUCGAACACAUGAACCGUAAUACCUACGGCCUUGUCGAUUUCGAAAAGAUCUAUGGGAUCCAAGGAGUUGUCUUGGUCAAUAUUGUGGAUAACUGGGAGGAGGUGGAAAAGUCUGGAGCUGAAAAGAAGAUUGUGUCCAAGAUCAGCUUUGAUGAUGGACGGACUUUCCAUUCCCUGAAGGAUAAUAAAGACGAAGAUCUGCAUGUCCACUCUGUUACAGAUCUCUCGAAUUCUGGUCGAGUGUUUUCCAGUCCCGCACCGGGAAUGGUAAUGGCCGUUGGCAAUACAGGCAAAACCUUGAAGGGUUACGAAGACGGUAAUUUGUAUGUCUCAGACGAUGCGGGUGUGACAUGGAGGCAGGCAUUGAAAGGGCCUCACAAGUAUGAAUUCGGAGACCAAGGCUCGAUCCUUGUAGCCGUCAAAGACGCUGGCUUGACGGACGAGAUCAAAUACUCUCUGGAUCAUGGCAACAAGUGGCACGAUGUUGAUAUUCCAAACGGCCUCAAAGUCAAGCCUGUCCAGCUGACCACUACUCUUGAUUCGACAAGCCUCAAAUUCUUGCUUGAGGCGGUUGAUGAUGCAAAGCCUAACGCCAAUGGCUAUAUCAUCGCCAUUGAUUUCGACGAUAUGCAUGAGCGGCAAUGCGAGGAUGAUGAUUUGGUACUAUGGCACGCGAGAGUUGAUAAAGACGAUAAGCCGACUUGCUUCAUGGGACACACGCAAUCCUACCGCCGCCGCAAGAAGGAUGCAGACUGCUUCAUCAAGGAGAAAAACUUCAAGGACCCGCAGGUUGUGUCAGAGCCUUGCGACUGUACGGCCCUGGACUUUGAGUGCGAUUAUAACUUCGUGAGAACGGAAGAUCGCGAGAAUUGCGAGCUUCCAGUUGGAGUGCCUAUGUUGGUUCCAGAUGGGGCAUGCAAGUCUUUUGAUAAAGAUACCACAUUCAAGGGAUCAUCCGGUUGGCGUAAGAUUCCUGGGAACGACUGCAAACAGACAAGCGGACCCCAGAAAGAUGAUCCUGUUGACAGGCAUUGUGUCGAUGCAGUGGGCCAGCCAUCCUCUGGUAAUGUCGAAGUCAAGAUUACACUGCACAAGGGACAGCAUUUCAUAAGCAAAACUUACCUCGAACGGACAGAAUCCAGCUCUGGUUCAGACGAAACGAUCCUCAUGCGCACAGAUCGUGGCGUUUUCAUGUCCACGGAUCAUGGAAAGAGCUUCGACUCGAUUUUAGAAGACGCGGAUAUCCAGGAAAUUGUCCCUCACCCUUACUUCAACGACAUGGUAUUUUUCCUGACGUCGACGAGAACAGUGUACUAUUCGACGGAGCGUGGAAAGAAUAUCAGAGAGGUCAAGGCGCCAUUACCACCUUGGACCGACCCUCACUAUCCUUUGCCUAGAAUGGGCUUCCAUCCUAAGAAUAAGGACUGGAUCAUAUGGACUGGUGCAGCCAACUGUGAUGCCCAAGGAGGUUGCCAUGCUGAGGCCUCCGUUACAACAGAUCGAUUUGACAAUUGGAAAACAUUGCAACGCUUCGUUGGGCGAUGUGAAUUCAUCAAGGAGAGUGAAAGUAUUUUCCAACAAAUACCACCCGAGGACCAAGAUCCCGACAAGGGUCGCGACAAGCUGAUCUAUUGCGAAGUCAGAGAGCGUGAGAGCAACGAGAGGGAAAACAACCCUCUCAAGCUUGUUUCAAGCGACGACUUCUUCACCGAGCCUCCGACGGAACAUUUCACGAACGUCGUUACGUUUGCAACCAUGUCCGAGUUUAUGAUUGUUGCGACCAAGGAUGACGACCACCAGACAAUGAACUUCUCCGCCAGCGCUGAUGGUAUUGAUUUUGCUUACGCCAAGUUUCCUUACGGCUUUGUAGUUCCUCAUCAAAUGGGCUAUACUGUCCUCGACAGCUCGACUCACUCGGUAUUCAUCCUGGUACUGGUCAACAAGGAGGAAGGCUACGAAUAUGGAUCGAUUAUCAAGAGCAAUUCAAACGGUACAUUCUACACCAUGGCCUUGGAGAACGUGGACACCGAUCGUAUUGGAUAUGUGGACUUUGAGAAGAUGUUUGGUAUUGAGGGAGUGGCUAUGGUCAAUGUCGUUGCCAACACCUGGUCCAAGAACUUCGAUAAUGAAGGGAAGAUGCUCAAAACUAUGAUCACGCAUAAUGAUGGCGCUGAAUGGGAUUAUCUCCCUCCCCCAAAAGCCAACAAGGACGGAAAAAGGUAUUGCAGUGGCUCCUUGGACAAGUGCGCCUUGCAUAUCCAUGGGUACACUGAACGGGCCGACAAGACUCAUACCUAUUCGUCAACUUCUGCCAUUGGUUUGAUGCUUGGAACUGGUAACGUUGGCGAGUACCUCGACAGAAAGAAAGCAGGCGAUACCUUCAUGACAGCCGAUGGGGGCAUCACUUGGAAAUUCGCCAAGGAGGGAAAAUACAUGUGGGAAUUCGGUGAUCAAGGAUCCAUCGUUGUGCUUGUGAAGGAUGGUUCGCCAACCAACGAAGUCUUAUAUACCCUGGACGAGGGUGACACUUGGCUUCCGAAAAAAUUCUCUGACGAGGAGAUAAGAAUCAUCGAUAUCACCACUGUUCCAAGCGAUAACUCGAGAAACUUCCUGCUCUGGUCCUCGGGGGUGAAUGGUGGUGAUCUGAAGACGAUCAACCUUGACUUCACAGGUCUUGCAGAAGAGCAAUGCAAGCUAAAUCAGAACAAUAUUGAUGAUGCGGGAGACUAUUACCUCUGGCAGCCAAAACACCCAAAAUUAACGGACGAUUGUUUAUUCGGACAUGUCUCGCAAUAUUACCGCAAGAGGACUGAUAGAAAAUGCUACAAUGGGCGAAUGAUCCCUCAUCUGCACGAUAUUGAAAGGAAUUGCUCUUGCACGAGACAGGAUUACGAAUGUGACUGGAAUUACGAACGCCAAAAGGACGGCACAUGCAAGCUUGUCAAGGACAUGCCACCUCCAGACCACUCUCUCUUCUGCAAGGAAGAUACGAGCAGAAUUGAGUACUACGUACCAACUGGCUACCGUCGAAUCGGCGGUACAACUUGCCAGGGAGGCAAUGAAUUCGACAAGUCCGAGGCCAAACCCUGCCCUGGACAUGGCGAUGAGUUCAACAAGAAGCAUGGUCCAUCUGGAUGGGGCAUCUUUUUCGCGAUCACGAUUCCUAUUAUCGUAGCUACGGGUGUUGGAUAUUGGGUUUGGAAGAACUGGGCCAGCAAGUUUGGCCAGAUUAGGCUUGGUGAACAAUCGUCCUUCGAUGGCGAAGCACCAUACAUUAAAUACCCCGUCCUGGUCAUCUCAGGCAUUGUGGCGGUCGCGCAAGCAUUCCCACUGCUACUCGCGUCACUCUGGCGCUCAACUAUGAAUUUGAUCGGCCAAGGACGUAGCAGGAGAUUUACAACUAGAGAUAGCUUUGCGAGAGGUAGAGGCGACUACGCGAUUGUGGAUGAGGAUGAGGGCGAGUUGCUCGGGGAUGAGAGUGAUGAGGAAGUGUGA